AUGUGCAACUUGUCUGGAACGCUUACAUCACAGGAAGACAGGCGUGUCGUAGAAGUCAAAGCAGCGCCUCCGCAGUAUGAUAGCAUCAUGGAGACGCGGGGUGCAGACAGACCUGCCCCCGAUGCGAACCCAACGCCUGCGCUCUCGCAUCGUAUGAAGCACGACAAAUCGAUCCUCGCAUUGGCAGUAUCGUCACAGUACAUCUUCGCCGGUACUCAGGGCGGAGAGAUCCUAGUGUAUAGCCUCGAUACCUACGACCGACGCAGCGUCAUACAUGCGCACAAGGGCAGUGUGCUCGGCUUGUGCUUGUCGCAUGACCGCAAGUGGUUGUUUUCGAGCGCAGCCGAUCCAAUCGUCAAUGUCUGGUGCACGUCGACGUUCAGACACCUAUACGCUCUCUGGUCACCAUACGACAUUGGAGACAUUUUCUGCGUCGCAUACUCGUCCCACCAUCGCACUGUUUACCUCGGAGCCCAGAACACAAGCAUACAAUGGUACGAUCUAAAAGAGAAAGACACUCGACCGGCUCCGAGUCUCUCUUCGCAUCCUGCCGAACGGAAGAACAAGUUCUUCGACUCUCUUGGACCUGGCGGCGCGCAGACCCCAAAACCUAGCGGGGCGGACACACGGCCACGGGACGCAGUGGGCGGGCAGGAACUGCAAAUUGACAGCCAUGAUAUUUGCCAAUUCGCCCACUAUGGAUACGUGCACUGCAUGGUCUUAGGAACGGGGAUACUACCAGAGGCGCCAUCUGAGGAGAUUCUGGUUUCUGGUGGAGGAGACGGACGUAUCUUGCUAUGGCGGAUAGACCCUGCGCAGCGUGGUGCUAUAACAAGCAUCUAUACACUGGAAGAUGGGAGAGAAGAAGGUGAAUCUAUACUCUCCCUCGCCCGAGAAGGUUCCUUCCUGUACAGUGGACGCUUCGACGGCGAGGUCAACGUAUGGGACCUAGAGACCCGACAACUAGUGAGAAGUCUGAAAGCGACUACUGGCGACGUGCAUACUUUGACGCUGGGUGCCGGUGUUCUCUACGCUGGUGGUAAAACAGGUGUCAUGCAGAAAUUCAACGAGCACUACGAAAGCAUCACGUCCUUCAAAGCACACGACGGCUUGAUUCUCGCUUCCGCCUUUACCUGCUACAAUGACAAACCCACUCUCGUUACGGGCGGCAACGAUAAUACAGUGGUUAUCUGGGAAGUCAGAGAUUGUGCGGAACCCAAUGCCGUCUCACGCAGAAGUAACAAUGAUCUCAUGGUGGAGUCCCUGAGCCAAGGGGCGUCUUACUUGCGCUCCGUUUUCCACAAUUUUGGCGCUGUGACCGAGAUGAUCAAUACAAGCGAGUACAACCCAAUUGUAUUUGCCAAGUUUCGCGGUAAUCCGGCUACAGCGGCCUCGCGUAAAAAGAUUCUGUUUUAUGGGCACUACGAUGUUAUCCCUGCAGAAAACGAGCACCGCAAGUGGAAACACGACCCCUUCGCGCUGACUGGAGAAGGAGGCUACUUGUAUGGUCGGGGCGCUUCUGACAACAAAGGACCGAUCAUGGCUGCCAUCUACGCGGCCCAUGAGCUCGCCAAUGAGCAGAGCUUGGACUCCGACAUCAUCUUUCUGAUUGAAGGUGAGGAGGAAAGUGGCUCUCGCGGGUUCGAGAAGGCUGUGCAAUCCAGGAAGGAUCUCAUUGGUGAUGUUGAUUGGAUCCUGCUGGCGAACAGCUACUGGCUCGACGAUCACGUACCGUGCCUGACAUAUGGACUUCGAGGAGUCAUACACGCCACUGUGCAGAUUGAAAGCAAGCAUCCCGACUUGCACAGUGGUGUGGAUGGAAGUGCUCUGCUGGACGAGCCCCUCAAAGAUCUUGUCAUGCUGCUUUCGCGAUUGACUGCACGUCAUGGCAAAGUCCAAAUACCAGGCUUCUAUGAUCCCACCCUACCAUUAACAGACAAUGAGAAGGAGCUGUACACAGAGAUCACCAGGACGCUACUACGCAGUAACCCAGACCUUGGCGAUGCUGAAGAACUAGCACAGUCACUGAUGAGGAGAUGGCGAGAAGCUUCACUCACCAUUCAUCGCUUCCAAACUUCUGGCCCUGAUAACUCAACUAUCAUUCCGCGUCUUGCCAAGGCCGCACUCUCCAUACGGCUGGUGCCAAAUCAAGAAGCAGGCAACGUAGCAGAGAGUUUGAAGUCCUUUUUGCAAUCAGAGUUCGAAGAGCUAGAUUCCAAGAACCAACUCAAGGUAACAAUAGAUCACCAAGCUGAGCCGUGGCUUGGUGAUUUCAACAACGAGAUUUUCCAGACGCUUGAGCGCGCCAUUAUGUCAGUAUGGGGUCCAACACUCGGACAGAGGCGAGAGAGUAUAUCCACAGUCAAGUCGCCAGACUAUUUCUCGCCACUGUCGCAAGCGAAUGCUGAACUUCCAACGCCUGCUACUAAAGACAAACCUGCGCCUGCGACAUCGAAUACUCUGGCAAACUCAUCAGAUCCAGCUCUCUCAGGACCUGUUCUCUCAUCCGGCACCUCGACACCUGACAACGCUCGGGGCGAAGGAGUGUCUCGUAAGCCUCUCUAUAUUCGGGAGGGUGGUUCUAUUCCCAGUAUCAGGUUCUUGGAGAAGGAAUUCAACGCUCCAGCCGCGCAUCUACCGUGCGGUCAGGCAAGUGAUAGCGCGCAUCUGGACAAUGAGCGUCUAAGGCUAGUGAAUCUGUAUAACAGCAAGAAGAUCUUCAAGGAGGUGUUUCGAGAGCUUCCAAGGAAAUGA